GCCCAACACAGGGGUGGCUGAGUUCAGAGACACUUCGAGCAGAGUGACUGACUUCUCAGUAGUCGAUUUAGGAGACGAUGAUGAUGAGGAGGAGGACUAGGAGAAGGAGUAGUGAUCCGGAUAAAGUAGCCCCGGUCCUUCCUCCCAAGCCUCGCUCUAUGUCCAUGUCGUCAGCCAACCAUCUCUACUCGCGCCCCCUCCCCGCUCCUCCACUCGGUUACAGAGGACUGCCUCACUACACCAUCGGGGGGAAAAUCGAAACAGACCCCCAUCACAUCACUACCUUUAAUCACCUGGGCCUCCAUAGGGCUCGACAGACACUACCCCCAUCCCCGUCGCUAUCCCCCUCCCUUCCCCCAUCCAGCCAUCCGAUCUACCCCCAACCUCCUCAAAUGUGUCCCCCACCCCUCCCUCCCCACUCCAAACCACAAAGAGGUUGUCCCAGCUACAACACAGCGGAGACUUAUUCCAGAUACAGUAGGCCGCAGAUGCAGAGUUCGAACAGAGACCCACUAACCUGUGACUUGUCUGACAGAGAGGGUGGCAGCAGGCAUUUAGCAUCCUUGCACAACUCCAAGGACAGUUCCCAUUCUCGUGCAAAAGACUUUGACUCCCCCAUUCGCAGAGAAAACCCGUUUCGCCCAAUUUACCGUAAUUUACCCCGCCCUCAUCCUGACAGACAGUCUUCAUCAAGUCCUACCUACUCAGACGAGGAUGACUCUCCUUUUACGUCCCCAGAGAGAAGCGGUGGGAACUCUGUCCCUCACUCCAGCCUCUCUGAAGAUGCAGACCCUUCCGCUGGAGACUCCUUCUCCAGGGGAAUGAAAAGGACUCAGUCCCGACUAGACACCAUCCUGCCGGCCAUCUGGAGGGAAGAUGCUGAACUCCUUUCUGAACGUGUGGCCUCUGCCAAGAAAUCCCCCAUGCAUCUGUUUCUGACGGAGAUCUCGAGUGUGACAGAGUCCACUGAGUCCAAGUCUGAGGCUCCAUGGGAGGGAAAGAAGGAGGAGAAAAGAGAUGGAGAGACGUGGGGGAACUUUGUUUUGCCCAACAGAGGGAUGCGGCGCUCCCAGUCGCUGAUCACAGAGCUGGGGUCAGCAGGACAGUCAUGGGGGUCAGAGAAACGCAACCACAGCUCGGGAAAUGAGGAGGACCAAACAGUCACUGACGAAUCAGUUCAGAGGGAUCUCUUCCUCACAGAGAUUGACACAGGCAUGGACACGGAUCCAGAGGGAGGAUCUCAACCCGAUCCAGUCAAAUACCUCUAUCCUUCAGGAUCCAGGUUGCGGCCCUAUGUCUGUGCACCUGGCCUGCCCACGUACACCGAGGCUGAGGAAGCGUACUCUAAAGGAAUACGGAGAUCCCGCUCCCUCCUCUCUGAGAUCACUAUCGGGAAGCAGGAGUCUGACCUGCAGCAGGAGCCUGCCAAGACGGAGAUGACCAGGGAAGAGUUCCUGAAGGAGAUCCAAUCAGCAGAGACCUUCCUAACGGAAAUCAUAUCCAGACAAAACACUGCUACAAACAAAAAGGAGACCGAUUCAUCUUACUCCCCUACUCCACUAUCUCCUGAAUACGAAUCCAUUUGCAUUGACCCAGGCUCCGCUCAGACCAUCAGAUUUCAGUCGGAGAGCUCCAUACGAGCAUCCAACAAAGGAAAAGAGGAAACACCAACUGAGGCCAUCUAUGCUCAAGUAACCAAGAGGGCUAAAAAGAGCGAGAUAAAGGUUUCUAUGAAACCGGAGAUCCCAGUCCUUCAUAUAGGAUCAAAUAAACAACCUCUUACAUCGGACAGCGAAGGAAGCGAUGCUGAUCACUGCCAAUCUGGUGAGUUUGUGUUUUCAGAAAUCAUGCCCAAAAAUGGCCUCCUGCACAACCAAACACAUGCAAGUCAGAAUGAGGAGGAGACUUUAGAUGGCCCCGCUUUACCUGCCAGAGGAGAGCAAACAGCAGCAUCCAACACUGUGACACAGCAGGAGAAUGAAUCGCUAGAAACAGAUACUCAAAGAGAAGAUGUUAUAGGGAAUGGAGGGUUAAUGAGAGCAGACAGGGCAAGCAGCCCUGAGAGAGACGAUCAGACGACAUGUGAUGUUGACAAAGAAAAGAACCACACUGAUAACAUUUCUGCAGUGGAUUCUGAAAAUAUCACUGCAGCAGAUCUGGAGAAUUUUGGUUCUCAGAUUCAUGAUGAGGCAAAGAGAGAAAACAAUGACAACAGGCAGGAAAAACCUUGUCACAUUUCCCAAGAGGAAGCCGCUCCUGCUAUCACUCCAACUACUCCAGACUGGGACCCCUCCUCUGAUGUCUCACUCAUGACCCCCACAGACUCGGUCCUGUCUCCUAUGACUUCAAACUCAGCCGACUGUCUCACACCCAGUGACUCAUGGGCGAGCAGCGGAGGCGGAGUGGGAAGUGGCGGGUGGCGAGCUCUGGGAAAUGAAACACCCCAUCGAGACUCUGCAUAUUUCUCAGACAGCGACUGGGAGGGGGACGGGAUGACCAGGAGGAGCAGUGACGGACUCAUGUCCUCCAGGCCGAGCAGCAGUCGAGCAGCAGACAGGGGAACUCUGACUGGGAUAGAGGAGAAAACUGAGGAGGAGGGGGAGAAUGGAGAAAAGAGCCCCUUAAGAAAUAGUAAAAAGACCUCGGAUAAGAAAAGUGAAAGUGGAACAACUAUUGAGAUGUGUGAGGAAAGUAUCACUUUAAAUCAACAUGCUACAGAGAAUUCCAUCCCUAAUUUAGGUGAGGACGAAGAUUCUCUGAACAAAGGGCUUGAGUCAACACAGAGAGAUGACUCUGGCAUUUUCCAAAACGAGAGCAAAGAGUCAUCACUGCUGUGUGAUGAUCAUCAGGCCAAGGACUGUGUUGACUUAAUUGAUAAGUUAUUCACAACAUUAGAUGAUGAGCCACUGAAAGGGCUUCCUCACAGCAGUGAGUAUCCGAUAGACUACACAGAUGGCGUCAUCGCUCAGAUAACAGAUUGCAAAUACCAGGACGCUGCAGAAAACAAAUUUAAUCUGCAAUCCAAGAGCCUCGCUGAGAAAAAUGUUUUGAUCGAGGCUAUAUCUGGCAGUCUGUCAAAGGAUUGCGUCUUGAGGCCCAACACCACAAGUAUAACAGAUACUGAUAUUGAUAUAUCUGCAAUGAACUCUCUCAAAUGUGGAAAUGACGCUGUGCAAUCUGCAACACCAUCUCAAGAUGACAACAGAGAGUCAAGGCUAUCCACCAUGUACGCCAUUCAAAGCAGUGACCCCACACUCGGAGAUCCAGCUGCGUCAGUAGUCGAGCCAAGCGAUGACGGGACGUCUGUCUUUGAUAAAGAGAGUGGUCUGAUUAGUCCUUCUUGGGCCGAGGAGGGUGAUGAAGAGUUAGAAGGAGGUGAAGAGAGGCCGGGGCUGGACCACAACGAGCUGGGCCUGAGAAACCUGCAAUGCUCAGAAGGCAGCGAGGUAAAGAAGGUCACGACGGAGACGGAGACGGAGAAACAGCUGGUUGCCGCAGAGCUGAGUAACGCCAUGAAGGAAAAGUCCCCCUUGAGAGGGGCAGUGAGUCGGAUGGACUCUGCUAACAAUGUGGAUAAUAACUCCUGCGAGGGCCUGGAUGUGAAGACUAAAGAGUUAUGGAGCGCCCUGGAGGAGGAUGAAGAACUAACAGGAUCUGGUGUCGUUAGGGGGGAGUUUGACUGCCAUCGUUUUUUACAGUCAAGUGAUUUACGGUUGUGGCCUGAUGAAAAUGACCAGUGGGCCUCACCAGAGAGGAGGAGCCAAGAUGUUGAACUCAGGUCUGAAUUGUUCUCUGGGUUCAGUAAUAAAGCCUGGGAGGUGGGGGAAAUGCUUGUUGUGGGUCAGGAGUUUUGGGAGGCUGAAGAAAACGAUGAACUUGCAGGAAGUGAAACUCAUCCUGCCAUCUUGGCGGGCAGUGAAGAAACCAGGAACGAGGAAACACAAGGACUUGUGGGUAAUCUUGCCCCGAAGGAAAGGUGGGACUCUGCAGAUAGUGAUGAUCAACAGUUGGAAGAAGUGGUAGAGAUACAACAGGAGGAAAAUAUUGAGAACUUCAUAGAAAUUGGCAGUCUCAACAAAGACCUGGAAAGAGGAACCUCAGAUAUUGAAGUAGAGAAUAAAGAAAUCCCAGAGCAGGAGUCCUUGGAGAAGGACGAGAGUAAGAUUUUGUGUACAGACACCAAAGGUCUGCAGGACUCCACAGAGACGGAAGAAAAUCAAAAUGUUAACAGAUGUCCUCAGAAUCUCCAAAAAGACGAAGAGACAUCAGCCAAGCAAAUUGAUGAAACCAUCUCUAACCCAGAUAACUGCUUCAGUCAAACUUUAGAAAGCUCAAGUAUAAUUAUUUGCAUCACCGAAGCUUCUCAUGAGAACGUUUCCCACCUGGAAAAUGUUGAAUCAGGCGCAGAAUCAGAGGAGGAGACAAGACCAUGGCAUGCUAAGGAAUACGUAGAAGAUAGAGUAAGCAUUAUGAAUGAAGAAGAGGAUUACAGAGACUUGCCCGCUCCACCAAAUCCCAUCUAUUGUUCUGAUGACCUUGAUAUGCAGGAUGACAUAGAUCCACAGGUCGACAAUUUCAGCUCGGUAGAUUUCCCUAGUCCUCCACCAAGCAUAGACCUUGAUGUGCAAGAUGAUAAAUUGGAGAGUUUAGACGACUCUUUUCCUAGCCCACCGCCAUCUGUUAUCGAGGCAGAAGAGUUUAUUAGUCACAUUAAUCUAGAAGACUUUAUUGCUAGUACUGAGACAGAGUCGUAUAUUUCCCCAACUCACAGCGCAGACGUGUCAGAGCCACCUCUGCAAGAAUCACCACCUGCUACAACUCAGAGUAAAGGGAUCUCAGCCAACCUGAACCUCCCCACUGUGCAUAUAACCCUGGCCGAUGAGAGCGCCCUCACACCCAACACAGAAAUACAGGAUGAACCGAAUAAUCUGUUCCAGGAAACCUCAUCUGCCACCCCAUCUUCACCCCAGGUUCCCCUCAACAAUCUCCCAGAAUUACUGAUUUCAGAGUGGAAAGAUUUGGAUGAGGAGCCCCUGGAGGAUUUUGAAAAACUGGAACAACUGUGCUGCAUUUCUGGGGACGAAGAGGACUCUCUGGGCGACCUUUUUCUGGGGAACCUAGAGAUCCUGGAGUCUCUGAAGAAGACACCUGAGCAGAAGGGCAGCAGUGUUGGUGAAAGUGAUGAAGGUGAGAAGACAGGUGGCUCCUCUACGCCUGAGGGGAGCAGGGGGGAUUUGAAUGAUAAGUCUGAUACUCUGGUAGAAUCAACACCACAGCUAAUCCUGGAUUCUCAAGAGAAGAAGAACGACGGCCAGAGAUCACAGAGUGAAACCUCUGAUGUCAAAGACCAUGGCUCUCUCUCUAAGAUGACAACAAAAAAUGGCCUCAUGAUGCAGGUGUGUGAGGAAAGGCUGCAGUUCUCCCUCAGUGAAAAUGUGAAAACAAACGUGCUCUGGGGGUCGACUGUCAAAGACACGGUGAUGAUCAGACCCUGGAGCGAACAAAUCAUGGAGAACAGCAGUGAGCUGGUCACUGUGACGGAGCAAAACGAGGAUGAAAGCCAAGAGGAGCAGGAAAGUUCCCCGAGCUUUCAGCCGCACACGGAGUCUGAAGAAACUAAUGCUGAGCCGCUCACUGUGAUUGAACAACCUGAGGUCACAACCCCUCAGCCGACUGCGAACCAGGCAAUGAAAGCAAAACUUGCUCGUCUGUCCCUCGCCCUCCCUCCUCUCGCUCUGACUCUGCCCCUCACCCCCACUGGAAAAGGAGGGUUUGGGGACGGUGCGAUUGGAAAUCGAAUUGUGAGACGGAGAGGUCUGUCCUCAGGAAGCGACCCUGACGAUGAGGAGGAGGACGAGCAGGAGGACGAGAGCUCCCGGAGGGUGAUAGUCGUCACAGAAACAGAUGUGGACAAACGCGUCGGGCUCAGGAGUUUACUGAAAUCACCUAAGGAGCCGAUGGACAGAGAGAAGGACAGAGGAAGAAACGUGUCCUUUUUUGAUGAUGUCACAAUCUAUCUUUUUGAUCAGGAAACUCCAACCUAUGAGUUGGGCAGUUCAGCGCCCACAAGUCCAGCCCCUGUGACGGUCAAAAACAGCAAGUUGGAUUUGCGUGGAAACAUCAAGAGCAAAGAAUCAAAAAGGAAGGAGGAUCUAUCAAUCAAACCAAGGUCGUCUGUGGGGGCAAAACACGUAUCAUCGUCGCGCUUCACUGUCAGCCCUGCCAACGACCCCCACCUCGCGUGAUGUUACGUGUCGUUGUGGGAACCUUUAGAGCUGAACCCUCUCGGACUGGCCAGCAAAUUAACCCCAACAACCAGCCAUUCACCCAGAGGCUAUUUUUUUAUUGAAGAGGCAACGAAAGAUUGAAGCUCCUGUUCUCAAAGCUGGACACAUUCCAGGUUUUACCAGCGACAGGAUUUUGUAUGACAGGGCUUGUUGUGCUCCUGCCUGCCACUAUUUACAGAGUUUUAUUCUUUAAGUCUUUGGAAAAGGCAGCAUAUGAAGAGGAGCCUGGAGCUUUGUAAAAUCUGAAACAGAUUUGACAGCUAUGCAGUGGGAGUCUUGCUGUGUACCAGCUUACCUUCUCUCUUUCUUCUUCAUUCUGUGGUAUUAUUCCCCAGAUGUGCGGGGAACUUUCUUUAGUCAUUAAUUCGUCUAGGUAAACGCUUGGAUUACAGUCCUCUCUUUAUUAAAGACGUUUUUCAUUGCAGUCAGUCAGAUGUUCUUGUAGGCAGCAGUUUGGAGCAGAAAUCGCUUGACUCCAGUAUUUGACAACACUCAUUUGCAUUUGUACAAAUAUCAUAAUACAAGUGAAUACAACAUCAUUUUAGAGCUGUUUACUUUUAGAUGUAUUCUUAGACUGCACGUAAAAUGAAACAAGCUAUGCUUCUUUUAUACUUUAAGUUCCAAAAAGAUUUGUUGUUAAUUUAUAUUAAAUAUAUUUAUUUUAUUGUUUUAUUUAUUUAUUUAAAGCAAGUUUUCAUGCAAUAUUUUAUUGAUUUGAUUAUUUAUUAAUUGUAUUUAUUUGAUUUACUGCAAUUAACCUAUUAACUUUGCUCUGAUUUGUUUGGGACAGAAUGCAUCUAGGUUAUAUCUUCUCUAAGAUCUUCAUAACAAAUAAAUCAAAAAUAUUUUCCCAAACGUCUUAAUUGCUAAAAAAAUAAGUAUUUUGUAUAAUUUUACUUGUUAAUAUAUGCCAAUCUGUAAGAAAAUAUGUCCUGUAAUGUGUCAUUAUUUUUCGAAUAUCUAUGAAUUUUUAGCUGUCUUGUCAUUAUUUUUACCUUGUUUAAAGACCGCUAUCGUAGUUUAGCAUGAAAAAUUGAAGCCUUUCAUCAGUAAAUAAUUCCAUUUGUUUGUGUAUCUGUUAAUUUACCCCAUUUUCUACUAAUAACAGUCCAUCAUGCAGUCGAGGUCCAACUAGUCCAUUUGUUUAGUCUGUUUAAAUGUUGGUUAAAAACCUGUAUUGUUUAAACAAUUGUUUUCCAGGGAUAAUGUAUAAACAAGGGGAAAUAAAAACUACAAAAUGUGAACCUCUUAA